GGAGGGGGGGGCGCGGAGCGCUGCGGAGCCUCCCCUUACCGCCGGCUGCUGCUCCUCCGCGCCGGGCGAGGGGCCGGGCGAGCCUGCGCACAGCGGCGGCGGCGGCUCUGCCCAGCUCCCGCCGAGGACAAUGGGGAUGAACCCACCACCCUCAUCACAGUGAAACGGCCAUGGACAGUGUGGGCAGCUUCAGAACAAAAGGUGGCUAUGUUGGUCGUGAGCCAAAUUAUUUCCAUUGCUACCCUCUCUUUGCUUUUGAAUAGACCUACUGGGAGUAUCUGUCCAGAAAAUUCACUGCGUUAAAAAAAAAUUGAGGUAAUGCACAACUGAAAGCCAGUGUGAAGGUGUUGCUAACUUGUUGAAGCAGAGCUUGGAAUAACAGAUGAAAACUGUCAGAAAAGCUGUGAUGUACUUUGGAUCUGAGUGAAAAUUGUGACCAAAAUCUGAGCCUGCCCAAACCCUGAGUUAUAUGCCAAAAUGCCCAGGAUUCCUUGGAUCAUCAUGCAAGCUGAUGAGGGAUUUCUGGAGUGUCUACAACAACAUUCCUCCUGUGACAAACUUGCCUCUGAGAUGUAAUGAGGGGAGAAAUGCGCCCGCUUUGGGAAGAAGAAAGCAAUGCCAAAGGAGGAAUAUGGAAAAUGAAGGUCCCUAAAGAAAGUACGGCUGCAGCUUGGAAAGAGCUACUGCUAGCAACUAUUGGAGAGCGGUUUACAGAUUGCUGUGCAGCAGAUGAUGAAGUAAUAGGGGUUACUGAAGAUGGUGACCUUGAAGAUGUUGUGCAAGUCUGGAACAUGAAUUCCUCUUCAGCAAGUGAAGCAAAAGUUUUAGAAAAGAUUCAUAAACUUCUUCCACACACAUCUUUUAAAGCCAUCUUUUAUAAAUCCCACAGAGAGCACCAUGCUUUUGAAGGCUGAUGUGGAAAGCAUUGAGUGCAUUGUAUGCCAAGAUCAUGUGUUGUUAUUUGGUGUUUUGAGCUGGUCUGGACAAGGAGGAGGAUGGUGGAAGCCCUGCAGGAGUGCUACACAGGGUUGACCCUUUUGAGUUUCUGACAUUUCACACUGACCUAUUGCUAAUGAACAUGAAAAAACCCUGAACAGUUGCUUUGACCAUAAAUACAUGAUUCAUUGCUUCUGUUGACUUGGUGUUUUUAGUUCUUAGUUGUUUCUCUUAAAAAAUAUUUUGGCCACUUGUUUGUUCACCCUGAUUAUAUUUGUUCCUAUUUCUUAAAGAUUGUUGGCCACUUCUUCUGUGCUGUACUUAAUGAAAAGCAAACAUGCAGAGAUGCUAUGCUGCUUUUCCAAGAUGUGCUGUACAUAGAGAAACCCUGGCUUGGGGAAAUGUGUUUUCAAUUUUCACUUUGAAACAUUCCUAUCAUGUUAAAGUUUACUCACUGGUUUGUCCCAAGAGAGAAAGAAAUUGCACUGCAUUUAUUCUAAUGUUCAGUCUAAUCUGGUCCUACACUGACAACAGCACAUACUGUAAAUGUAAAUAGAAAAAGGUACCUCAAAUGAGCAAUUAAAGAGAACACAUUUGUAUUGGGACUAACCCUGUGUAGGAUGAUGUUAAUGUCUUUUGAUUGUAUUGAUUUCAGAAAGCCCUUGUCCAGGUUAGAAUCAGAAAUUUCUCUGUAGGAAACCCUGCAAACUCAACACCUCUUAUUUAAGGGUGAUAGGGUGUUUAUGGUUUUAUAUUGUAUGCUCUGUUAUGGUAUCUUUCUGUCCAUCCAUGAAAAAGUGCCAUGAAUCAUUUCUAAUGAAUUGUACAAACUGGAUCCAUUCCUCCCACUUCCUUAAAUGUGUCAGGCCCAUGUCUGCACCUACUAGGACAAUGACAGAAUUGCUGCUGACUUCAGUGCAAAGGAAGAGAUCCCAUUGUCUGUAGUUUCAAGCCCUCAAAACUUCCUAAGUGUCCUUUUUAAAAUAAACAAAAAAUACAGAAAAGAAAUUUGUGUUGCAGAUUGAAUAGGAAUAUAAACAGUGUUAACCUUUAAAUGUUUGUCUCUAUUAACUAUUUGAGGUGUUUUAAUACACUACCAAAGAUUGAUGUGGUUCCUUUAACAAGAAGGUGCAAGGUAGAGAUGAACAUACGUUCUGCUGAGCACUCCUUCAUCCUUUAGAGGUUUUUGUCUGGUAGCUCUUUAAGUUGCACUGAUUUCCACAUCUUUAGUAUAUUAAGAGGCAGCCAUAAGAAUGAAAUAAAUUUAAAAAUAAGUAUCACACAUUUGAGAUUUUUUUUUUACAACUUUAUCUUGUACUUACGACUUUAACUUGUAUUUAUGGAUUAAAACUGUGUAGUUAAUGAGCAUUAUUAAUUAAACACAUUUUCUAAAAUCCAAACGUCUUGCUUCUGUAAUUGC